CUCACACACAGGUGAAACAUUAGCUGAGCAGAGAACAAGAAGCCACACACACACUGGCAGAGCGGUCAGGACAGAUGGCUGAUUCACAGAGAACAUCCGAACCUCUAAACUUUGUGCAUCAGGAUGAAAUCUGGUAAAGCUGUCAAACUUUUUCUUCUUUCUCUUCUUGGUGAGAUUUUUUCUGUUUUAGUCAUGAGAGUCAGUUAAAACUCAGACAGGUUGAAUAACCCUGCAAAGGUGAGAGGGUGACUGUGAAGAGGGACUUAUUUAGUCUCAGUGACCAUCACAUUGAGGUGUAUAUGUUUAACUUGAUGUUCUUUUAUCUUCACAUUGUUAAACUUUAUACCAGGUGACUACGGUUACCUGGGUUUGUGUUUGUGCAUGUUGGCUGGAGAGAAAAUGUUGUGUCUAUAGGCAACACUAUAGGAGACUAAGGAGUCUAUCAGGGGUUAGUAUUGAUGCAGAUUUUAUCCUCACUUUAUAUGCUGCCACAUAAGAGCUGGUAUGCUCAGUAAAAUGUUUAUAAAUCCAGAUUUGAUGGUUUUCUAUAUCUGUAAAUGUCUCAAAUUCAGCUGAUCACAUGUCGAAGCCAAUAACUUGUUGUUUGAUGCUGAGCAAUAUCUUCAGGUUUAGGAGCAACAUCUGCUGCCAUCCAGACAAUGACUUUUUCAGGGAAGACCUUGACUUUUUCAGGGAAGACCUUCAUAUUUGAAAACCAUCAGAGUUGUUAUUUAAUUAAUUAAGCAUUUGUUGAAAGUUUUGUGGUGUUUGUGAAGCUCUUUAUUACAUGUGGUUUGAUGAAUGCUGUAUUAAUGAGUAUUACUGUUUUUACAGGAAAGCCCACAUUAAAGCUGAAAAGGAUUCAGCCAAGGUCUGGCCCAGCAAGUGGGGCUUCCUGACUGAGGUUUACAAGGAGGUAACACACACACACACACACACACACACACACACACACACACACACACACACACACACACACACACACACACACACACACACACAACCUCUUUAACAGUACAGAAAUAUUCUCCCCUAGCUUGCAGACAGAAUUAGCAGUUAAGCACAGGACAGAUAACUAUAUAAGGCUUUGUAGGCUCUGUAGUGUGGAUUUACACAUGAGCUUGUUUUAAGGUGCAGUUUUCAAGUGUGACUGUUAUAUACGUUAUAACUACAGCGGACGCCAUAUCUUGAAAUGCCCCAACUACGGUGGCUGACGAGGGCUGGAAUCUGCAGAGGCUCAGGCAAUCUUCAGAAAGAGAAACACGGUUGAAAACCGUAAAUAAAACAAAAUCAGAGACACAUGCUAAAGUCUACAAUUAAUGACGAGGGUCCAAAACAACAACACUCACGUUAACUAUGAGGUAAUACGCCAUAAUGCUGUCGAAUACACAACAGCAGAGACAACUGCAGAAGAUUGACUGAAAUCACAGUAUAAGUUAAGGGGACAGGGAGAAACCAUGAGGCAUGUGUGACUGAAGCAGGAACAGGAGGUGGAAUACUGAGUCACAGCGCCCUCUAGUGUAUCCCUACAGGGAAAAGAAAAAAAACAUGCAGAAAAGGAGCUCUGAUUAUUUCAUGACUUUGCAUUUUCCCCAUUUCAGCAUGAGAGAGAAAGUGUAAAACUUAAGGAGAAAUCAAGAGUGGAGCCUCCUCGUCACCACGCAUCACGACCUCUGACCCCUCCAGAGAAACAGGAGCAGGUAUGAUGUCAUUUUACCUCCUGACCCACCUUUCUGUCAUAGCCUCAAAGACACUGACUGAUUCCUCCCUCUAGGUUGGUCCCUCUCCUCCGGUCCCUCAGACCACUCAAGGGUUCAUCGGAUGGCGUUCUGCUCACCCUCAUCUUCAAUUAGAAAAGUAUGGCAUGGUGCAUCAUGGGAGACGUAGUUUUCUGAAGGAGCUGGACUGGCCACUCAACGCUUGCAUCUGAGCUCAGCGCUUGGGGAUCAUAUAUCCUCAGAACGUGUCAGUGUGUAUCAGAGCAGCUUUUAGCCUCUUUAUCCUCAUGGCUGUUGACUUUUAUUUUGUGGUCCUGAAUGUUUUAUGCCGAACAUUAAUCAUUACAUUCCCAGCUGUUUUUUAAAGACACGUGUUGUAGCUUUUGAAUGUAAUCCCUCUCUAUCUCUGAAAUGUUUUCCAGCUGUUCAGUAAUUCAUCAGGUCAGAAAAGUUGACGCUAUUUUAUCCCCCUGGCUCUCUUCUUCUGUUUGGGUUGUAUCUCUCUGUAUUUUGCAAAUUCAACUAUUAAAUUUGACCAAUAUUUGCAUACCUGCCCAUUUGUAAGUCAGGUCAGCCCUGUGUGCAAAACUCAUGAUUCAAACAGUGUGGAC